AUGAAGCUGAGCCCCUCGCCCAGGAGGGUAAUGCGCAGCCGUAGCCUGACAGCAUGCCAUCAGUCACAAGCUGAGAGAGAUCUCUUCUUCUUCGACGACCCAGGCAAGCUGAGUAGAUCAAUGAAAAAGGUUCACAUCCAGCUAGAGAUAGUGCAAUACGAGCGACACUGUGUCCCAAAGAACAAAUUCCAAAAAUUGGGUGCCGUCCCCUGCCCUCGACACCACGGUAUGAAAAAGGAGAAAGGGUUCGAAGGUGUGGGCUGCCACGCGGGGCACAAAAAAGGUGGUACACCAGACCACCAAAAUCAGCCGAAUCCUAAAAAGUCCGGCCACUUCAUCGAUAUUCUCAGCCAACACAACUAA